AUUUGCUGAGCUGCAUGGCCGAGACCCCACUCUGCUCACAAGGGUCAAGCGUGUUAGUUCUGCUCUAGCAUGUGAACUCUCAUCCUUCAUCCUUCUCAUACAGAUUCCGUCUGUAUGGUGCCUCUGUGGCGCUUUGCCCGAGCCAUGGGCCUCCGUUCAACGCUGGGAAGCCUUCUGUUUUUCUUUGGGCUAUAUGGAAUAUGUAAAGGAUUUUUACAGGAGAACUGUACCAACUACAAGGUCCAGUUUGAGAGGGUUUACUCUGUUCCUGGGGAUAUGGCUAUGCUGAAUAGCAUGCUGGUGUUUCCAGAUGUCUUCAACUUCACAGCUGCCCCUUACAACAUCACCUGGUACGACUCAAAGACGGGCGACGAAAUGAGAAACCAGACUGGUCGAAUCCUGGUUUACGGGGAUACUCUGUGGUUUCUUAACAUGACACUGGACGAUGACGGGGAAUAUGUGAGCAUACUGAGAACUCCCUCUCGCUGCUACAGGCAGGCCACCAAGCUGGUAGUGGAACUGCCAAGAACUGGAGAGUGUGGUAGGCCAAGGAAAGCUCACCAAAUACUCAUAGAGGGAGUCGUUGACAAACUGUCCUGCCCUCUAAAUAGCUAUAUCAAGACACUGGAAAGCUACAACAUCACUUCCUCCAUCAAGUGGUACAGAGGUUGUGACCCCAUAGUGGAUGGGACAGGCAGGUACACCUACAGGGAAACGAGCAAACUGCAGAUUGACAAGGUGGAACAAAAAGACAACAGCUCAUUCACCUGUACCUUGACCUUUACUCUUGGUGGUAUCACAGGAUCCAUAUCAGAGACCAUUGGCACAUUGCUUAAAGUGGAGUACACUUUGGUUCCAGAAGUGCAUGAACCAGCCAAUGAAAUACUCAAGGCACAGAUGGGGUCCAAUUUCAGCAAGCCGUGCCGAGUGUUUCUGCCGAGUGUUGGGAAGGACUGGGUGCAUGUCAUUUGGGCUGUAAGAGUCAAUCUGAUUAGUACCAACCCCUCUGAUCGCAUCUACACAUCAGAACAACGCAAUUGGCGCCAGGAUGUUCCUCGUAAAGGUGUGUGGUAUGAGAAACUGCUGAUUAUUUCUGAGCUGAGGGAAGAGGAUUUCCACAUCAACUACACUUGCCAAGUGUACAGUGACAGGGGCUUUCCUCAGGGAAAUUUUACCCUGCUACCAGCAUGUCAGAAUCCCAACAUCAUACUUCACAUUACAUUUGCUCUUGGUGGCGUGAUGGUCCUCUUUAUCCUCAGUGUCACCAUCUACUACCUUUUUAAGGUUGACAUUGUGCUGUGGUUCAGGAGAGUGUUUCCAGUCUUCUAUACAAAUAAAGAAUUGGAUGGGAGGCUGUAUGAUGCCUAUGUGGCAUACCCACAGCCCUGUUCAAUCGGAUUCAGCAAGGAAGUGGAGACAUUUGCCCUUCACACACUGCCUCAAGUGUUGGAAAAUGCUUGCGGCUACAAACUCUUCAUAGCAGGCCGUGACUGUCGGCCCGGGCAGGCCAUAGUGGACUCAGUGGAAGAGAAUAUACAAGCCAGUCACCGCCUCCUUCUGCUCUACACCGCCACCACUUUCACCAGCAAAGGACACACAAGCAGCCCUCGCAAUAACAAAAUAUCUAAGAGCAGUGAGAGCACCGAAAGCAAGACCAGAGACAGCAGCAGCAGCAGCAUGAGUUUUGAUGGUAGUGAAGAAGUUUAUUCAGACACAAGGCAGCAGUUGGAGUGCGUGGCAGCAAUGCACAGAGCGCUGCUGGAGGAAUCUCUCAAGGUGGUUCUGGUUGAGUUGGAAGAAGUCACCCCGGCUCAGCUGGCUCUCUUCCCAGAGUCAGUGCGUCACCUGAGGAAGAAGCAGGGCGCCGUGUGUUGGUGGAAGAACCGUAGGACGAGUAAGAUGACCUGUAUGAAGAGGAGAGAGGACGAGGAGAAAGGUGGACAGGACACACAGUUGUCGCCAUCCAUCUCCCCUUCCUCCAGGUUUUGGAAGGAGAUGAGGUAUCAUAUGCCGGUGAGGGGCAAGAGGGUGGUGUACCCCCGAGAAAACUGCCCUGCUGGACUUAUGAUGGAGAUGGAUUAUGAUGUGUGUUAGGCAUGGGACAGUUACCGGUUUCAAGGUAUCCCACGGUAUUAAAAAAAUCCAGGUUACAAAACCACUAAAAUUUUCUGUUAUAACGUUGGUGCGGUAUGAGCUGGGGGAUUUUUACGUCUCGUCAAGGAUGGAAAGUGCAGGAAUCCCACAGGUUGUGUGCAGCGUACACUCCUCUCCGGUUGGUGCAAACUCUCAGUCACCUGUAUGUAGGAUGGCCGGAGGAGGGGAACAACCAGGGUCCGAAAUUAACUUUUUGGCUCACCUCCCACGGGGACUGGUAGAUGAAAAAAUCCACCAGCCAAGCAUAUUUUUUACCGGCCAAAUCACAUAUACAUUAAUUUCAGUACAUUUAAUUGAUAUGGUAUUUUUAAUGAAUGAGUGUACAUGGAAGUCAAAACAGAGCAACAAAUAGUAAGACAUGGAAGAGGUGGAACUAGCGCUCAUAACAGUACAUUUGAAGGUUUUGUAAAACUAUCAGAACUUAAACCUCAUAGUCAUCCGACGACUCACUCUCUACCGCAAUUACACUUUUUGCAUGGUCCAUGAAUUCUGGCCUCCUACUCCUAACAGAGUUUUGGUGCCACAGCAUCACAGCUUUGCUUGGAUCAUACUCCCUGAUCUCUGGAGAGGACAGCUGGACCAUAAGGAGAUCUGACAAUGUAUCAGACUAAAAAAAAAAAACAGCCAGGGCGGCCAGGACAGGACGUGAAAACAGGACAUGUCCUGGGAAAACAGGACUGAUGGUCACCCUACCAUAGCUUCAUAUAAAAUGUUAGUCUAGCAAACAUUACAGGAGGAAAAACAGUUUCACUUACUCGCACAUCCACUCGAAGUCAGAAAGUGGCCUGGCCUUCUUGCCAAUGGCAUGUACAGUCCUAAACAGUAGCUUCAUCUUCUUGCUGGUCUGCUCUGACAUUGCCAUUAGCGCUGUCACAGAAGUUUUCGAGAGUAGAGGCUCAGAUUGAGCCAGAGACACAGACACGCAGGCAAUGUGACACUUACUGUGUUCAUGGUCACGAAUGUUCUCAAGUUUCAUCGUUUUAUUUCCGAUGACAAAUUAGUUGUUUCUGUUUUUAUCUUUAGCAUACUGGCGACACACAGAACAACUCAUCACGACCGCGUCAGAAUCAUAUUGUAGCCAGCCUCUUGAAACUCCUUUCUCUCCAAACCUCCAUUUCUCACAAAACUUUCUUUUUUAUGUAAUUCGUCCCCCUUUUCGUCUGUGGGUCUUCGUUUUAAAGGUUGGCUCACUCCUGGUAAAUGUCGCCACAUAACAGCUAAUAAGCGGCAGCUAGCUGCAGAUCGGUGACUUUGCAGUUCGUACCGCGCUUUCUCCUUUCCACAAGCACUCGCGUGGCCAACGUUGCUAUGCAACCAUGAACAGAGGCGCGCUUGGAAAAACGGGCGGCCGGGAGCGUCUCAGUGUAAGAGUGUAAGUGAAUGUCGCGAUAUUACUGAUCAUGGAAAGAUUUUGCAGCGGUGCUGAUGAAUACAUUGUAGGGAAAACACUGAUUAUUACAUUACUAUUUUGGUAUGAACAUUCACCCGCCAGUGUGGCGGAUAGCCUUUUGAAAUUUACUCGCCAAACAGAAAAUCUACCCGCAUUUGGCGCUUGGCGGGUGUUAAUUUCGGACCCUGGGAACAACUGAACAUUUUUCCCCGCCACUUCCUCUACAAGACGAAGCCUUCUGUAUGAUAUGCUGUCAAAUAUGAUAUCCCAUUUAUGGGAGCAAUAUCUUGAAAUGAACAUUUGCAACAACCUAAGACAGUUAGCGUGUUUAGCACUAGUGAAAGAAAUACUAUUUGCUUGAUAGCAAGGCAGAUAACAUGGCUAAUUAGCAAAUCAGCUGGUUUCACCCCUCACGUUGCUUUAAGGAGCGGAGAGGGCCGAGUGAUUUUCAGCAAUUUAGUACAAUAAUUUAAUUUGGCUGGUAUAACGUUUAUACUUUGUCUUCCACCAUUGUGUCCAUCUGGUACAAAUCAUGACAAUAAGAGAGUUUCUUACCCAGAGAGUUGACAUUUAAAAUGAACACAUUUUAGAACAGUAAUUGCAAUACCGCAAUACCAUGAAACCAUGAUAUAUGAAGGUUUAUCAUACCGUGACAAUCUCAUACCGGUCCACGCUAAUAUUUGUCAACUGUUUGAACAUGCAAAUGUAUAAAUAAGUUAAAAAAAUGUAUUUGUACAGUAUUAUAAUAAGUCAAGCAGUAAACAGUGCUUUUCCUUUGAAAUACUGUCUUAUUUAUUGUUACUGAACAACAGAUGAACUCAAAAAACCAAGGGAGGGAAAAGGUUAUUAGUGUGUAUUAGGGGUGGGGGAAAAAAAACACAAAAAAACGAUACAGCAUAGUAUCGCGAUAUUUUGAAAGGCAAUAUCGUAUCGUAACACGAACGUCAAGUAUUGAUCUUUUAUUAUAUAAAUUGUACAUGAGAAGUUUGUUUUUUGGCACUAAUAAAAUUGCUUUUUCAGUCCGCUAGAAAAAGCAUUUUCCUUUGUGGACACAAUUUAAAGUUGGGAAAAAGAUAAAAUAUGUUUAAAAUCGCAAUAAUAUCGUAUCGUGACAUAAGUAUCGUGAUAAUAUCAUAUCGUAGGGCCUCUGGUGAUUCCCACCCCUCGUGCGUAUGCAGAUUCAGCAUCAUUAAUCUUUAUUAAAUGUUAUUCAGCAAUGUGUGCUGACAGUUUCUCAUAAUUAUUUUUUUAAUUUCACGCAGAACCAUUUUACAUAUUUUUUUGUUCUUAGCAGCAUGCAAUAGCCUUCAAAUUAGUACUGACUGUAGACUGCCAUGGGACACAAAUUGUACACCCCAUAUUGUAUAUGUAUAUUCAGUGUUAAAGACACUCUGGGUAACGGUACAGAUUUCAAACUGGAUAUGUUCCCUGAAGACAGUAUUUGUAUAAACGCUAGAUUAUUAUGUCAAUAAACUGGAAAUUUGCAAAGGAAUAUCCACUGUGCCUGUGUCCUAUAACGUAAUAGAUCUGUGUGUUUCUUUGCAAAAAUCCUAAACUGGGUCACCAAAUAUACCUGCGCAGGAUUCCCAAGUAAAGUCUAUGCCCCCGUGUCCACCAAAGCGUUUUUUCCUGACGCCGGCGUCUCUCUUUAUUGCAGUGGGAGCGCCGCGUUUUUCCAAACUGGUAAACACGGCAGGAACGCGACUGGGCGCUGAGCGUCUUUUCCGCGCUGGGAGCUGAGCGCUGAGUGUCCUUUUGUGUGUGGGUUUUUUUUGUUUGUUUUUUUUUUACAGUCGCCGAGAGUUGAAAAAUGUUCAACUUUGGGGAAAAACGCUGCGCUCGUCACUGUCACUUUUUACCCAGCCGUCCUUUGCAGGAGGGGCGGGACAAACACCGAGCACAUCCGAUCUUGAACGAAACGAUGUGCCUACUCGCCGAGGUGUUUCCUCAAUCGCAAAAUGAACCCACGUACGGACAGUCUGUACUCUCAUGUUUCAGCUUUCUCUUCAUGCAGAGCAAAGGCCAGAGCAAGCAGGCCUACGUACUUUGUGGUGACAUUUUUACAUUCAGUAAAAUUAAGUAGGCUACCCUACUUGCUGCGCCUCGUCACGCUCCUGGCGUUGUACCAGCAUGGAAACACGCGGCGCUCCCAUUGCAAUGAAUUGAAAAAGACGCUGGCGUUAGAAAAAAACGCUUUGGUGGACACGGGCUCUGAGCAGAACACCACAAAGCUUUGUGUGUGUGUGUGUAUUUUCAGUCUUUCCAGCAGGAAACAGCUUUGCCUGACUGUGUGUGUGUGUGUGUGUGAGUGUUAGUGUGAGAGAGAGUGUGAGAACUCACCUUGAUGCGUCUGAGAAAAUCAAAACAUGCACCUCAGCUCAGAACUACAUAGAGUAAACAAAAACAAAGUCAGUCAGGCAAAGCUGUUUCAGAGAAGGCUUUUCCUACAAGAGCUGGGAAAUUCUCUGGUCUCUGCAGCAAUAUUGAGGAGAGAGCACCUCCCUCGCGCACCAGUUGCUGCUGCACUGGUGAGAGAGAUUCAGUCUCCUGCAGCUGUCCCUCCAAACACAAAUCUACAGACACCAGCAGCUCAGAAGGGAAGAGGGGAACAUGCAAGUGCUGUACAGGACAAAAAAAAAAAACAGUCAGCACUUGCAUCCGUUGUGGUGGACACACUUGCAAAGAGCACCAAGUGAUAUGCUGGAAGUCCUGCUGGAAAGACUGAAAAUACACACACAGAGUUUGUGGUUUGUUCAAUUGUUUAGUUCUUCAUCCAUCCUCAACUGUUGAACCAUUGUUCAGUUUAUUUGAAGUUGUUGUUGCAUUUUGGUUCAUAAUAAAGUGUUCAUAUAUCUGA